AUGCUUCACUCCCUCCUGUCGAGUUUUCUGGAGGAUGUGAGCAAAAGCCUGGAAGAGAAACUGAAUGUACAACUUCCAGCGCUUCAAACGAGUCUUUUGGAUGCUCUCUUGAAGCGGGAUGUAUUACUGCAGGUACAGCUCGAGAAGCUUCUUGAAAGCUACCUCGACUCGCAAAGGAUCCAGUUCUCUCCCUCUCCUGCUACGAUUAUAGCUGCAGAAUCAGUUUAUACCCCUGCAAUGUUGAAAGGUAAUGUCUCCCACAUCAAGUUGAAAUUCCCUCUUGCAACGAAGCCGGACCCCCCACAUAUCUCAGGAGUAUUCCAAGCCGCUGAAGAGAUCGAUGCACGUGAAGUCGCGGCCCUGGGUUACUUUUGCCAAAGAGUCGAUCCCGAAGGAGUACCGUUCGACAAGGCGGAGAAAUUCCGGGAUUUAUUUUAUUCCUUGAUCCGCCAAUUAUGUACAUCGAUCGCCGAAGACCUCAUCCCGUCCCUGGACUUGAAUGGCUCCCGCUUUUCGACUCUCGACGGCAGUUUGGAGUCGACAAGUCUAGCGUUGAAACUGUUCGGGGAUCUCCCGUCACUUGCAUCUGGACCUAUCCUCAUCGUGGUUGAUGAAUUGGAGAUAUCUGAUUUCAGUGGUGGUGCAAUCUUGGGAGGGAGUCUUGAGAGAAUUUGA